GUUAUUUUCCACUGCGCAAAAAAAAAAUCUAAUUUCCAGUCAGUUUUCAAUUUUUGGGUUCCAGGUGAAAGCCUAACCUGUGCUUCAUAGCCCAAACGCAGGAUUGUGGGGGUGAGGGUACCCGGUUGGGGUAUCCAUGUGCAAAGAUGUCAGACGAGAGACAGGUGAUGCGCUCUCUGCAUGCAUCCCGUCUUCAACAGGGGGAGCACAGCCACGGAACGUGCCGUCGAACAGCAUGAGGUGAGGGAUUCUUCCGCUCAUCAUUUCUAAGCAGAACAGGGACCGUGAAAGCAGCAGAGCGGAGAUUUGAGCAGCUGUAUCGUCCUACGGACACUUCAGACAUCCUUUCACUCUAAAAGCGUUCUCUUCUUACCGACGUUGAAUGACAAGACGGAAUGGCAGGUGGACGUCGAGGACUUGUGGCCCCACAAAACACUUUUCUCGAGAACAUCGUCCGACGAUCCAAUGAUACCAACUUUGUUCUGGGCAAUGCCCAGAUUGUGGACUGGCCCAUUGUGUACAGCAACGACGGCUUCUGCAAGCUCUCCGGUUACCACCGUGCUGAGGUCAUGCAGAAAAGUAGCACCUGCAGUUUCAUGUAUGGGGAGCUCACAGACAAGGAGACGGGUGGGAAAGUGCAACAGACCUUUGAGAAUUAUGAGAUGAAUUCGUUCGAAAUCCUCAUGUAUAAGAAGAAUCGGAUGCCGGUGUGGUUCUUUGUAAAGAUUGCUCCUAUCAGGAAUGAGCAGGACAAGGUGGUGUUGUUUCUGUGCACCUUCAGUGACAUCACUGCGUUCAAACAGCCCAUUGAGGAUGACUCUGUGAAAGGAUGGGGUAAAUUCGCUCGACUCACACGGGCUCUGACCAGCAGCCGGGGAGUGUUGCAGCAGCUGGCGCCCACCGUCCACAAGGGCGAGAACGUCCACAAGCACUCUCGUCUGGCUGAGGUCCUCCAGCUGGGCUCAGACAUCCUCCCGCAGUACAAGCAGGAGACGCCUAAAACUCCUCCCCACAUCAUCCUCCACUACUGCGCCUUCAAGACCACCUGGGACUGGGUCAUCCUCAUCCUGACCUUCUACACAGCCAUCAUGGUGCCCUACAACGUCUCAUUCAAGACCAAGCAGAACAACGUCACCUGGCUGGUGGUGGACAGCAUCGUGGAUGUCAUCUUUCUGGUGGACAUCGUGCUCAACUUCCAUACCACGUUUGUGGGGCCAGCCGGAGAGGUCAUCUCGGACCCCAAACUGAUCCGGAUGAACUACGUCAAGACAUGGUUCGUCAUCGACCUGCUCUCCUGCCUGCCGUACGACGUCAUCAAUGCCUUCGAGAAUGUUGACGAGGGCAUCAGCAGUCUCUUCAGCUCCCUCAAAGUGGUCCGUCUGCUCCGCUUGGGCCGGGUGGCCCGUAAACUGGACCACUACAUUGAGUACGGGGCCGCUGUCCUGGUCCUGCUGGUGUGCGUCUUUGGCCUGGCUGCCCACUGGUUGGCCUGCAUCUGGUACAGCAUCGGCGACUACGAGGUCAUCGACGAGAACACCAACAGUGUGAGGAUGGACAGCUGGCUCUACAUAUUGAGCGAAUCGGUGGGGACACCGUACCGCUUCAACGCCAGUGGCUCUGGGAGGUGGGAGGGCGGGCCUAGCAAGGACUCAGUCUACAUCACUUCCCUCUACUUCACCAUGACCAGCCUGACCAGCAUCGGCUUCGGCAACAUCGCCCCCACCACCGACGGAGAAAAACUCUUCGCUGUGGCAAUGAUGAUGAUCGGAUCACUCCUGUAUGCCACCAUCUUCGGUAACGUGACUACCAUCUUCCAGCAGAUGUACGCCAACACCAACCGCUACCACGAGAUGCUCAACAGCGUCCGCGACUUCCUUAAGCUCUACCAGGUGCCCAAGGGCCUCAGCGAACGCGUCAUGGACUACAUUGUCUCCACGUGGUCCAUGUCUAGAGGCAUCGAUACAGACAAGGUGUUGCAGAUCUGCCCCAAGGACAUGCGGGCGGACAUUUGCGUCCAUCUUAACAGAAAGGUGUUCAAGGAGCACCCAGCCUUCCGACUCGCGAGCGACGGGUGCCUACGGGCCCUGGCCAUGGAGUUCCAGACCAUCCACAGUGCCCCCGGAGACCUCAUCUACCACGCGGGCGAAAGCGUAGACAGCCUCUGCUUUGUGGUGUCCGGGUCCUUGGAGGUCAUCCAGGACGAUGAGGUUGUGGCCAUAUUAGGAAAGGGAGACGUGUUUGGGGACAUCUUCUGGAAGGAGGUGACCCUAGCCCAGGCUUGCGCCAACGUCCGGGCCUUGACUUACUGCGACCUCCACGUCAUCAAGCGUGAAGCUCUGCAGAAAGUUCUGGAGUUCUACACGGCCUUCUCUAACCACUUCUCCCGCAACCUGCUGCUCACCUAUAACCUCAGAAAGAGGAUAGUGUUCCGGAAGAUCAGUGAUGUGAAACGUGAGGAAGAGGAGAUGCUCAAGAGGAAUAAUGAGGCCCCUCUGAACCUUCCUCCGGACCACCCCGUCCGUCGCCUCUUCCAGCGCUUCCGGCAGCAGAGGGAGGCGCGACUGGCAGCAGAGCGAGCUAGUCAGGGGGAGCCACCAGACGUGGAGAAGGGCACCAUCCACCUGGAGCAAACCAAGAUCCACGAGGUACUCGCCUCCACCAGCAUCAUCAUGGUGACCGAGAGCCCUGCCACUCCCACAGCUUCGUCCACAUUGUCAUCUUUGUCCUCCAGGCCCUCUGGCCGAGUCAUGCUUCAUGCCCCUGCCAUCCAAAAUGGCAACCUCGUAGGCUGCAAGUCCGCAGAGCCAGCGCCAAAGACCAAAAAGGGCUGGGGUCGUUUCAAGGAAUCCGUUGUGAAAGCAGAGUCAUGGAGCAGCGUUUCUAAGGCCGAGUCCAUGGAGACCUUGCCGGACAGGACUAAGUCCCAUAACAAGAUGUCUCUCAAGAAGACAGACUCUUGUGACAGCGGUAUUACCAAGAGCGACCUGCGCUUAGAUAACGUGGGUGAUGCCCGCACUCCGCAGGACCGGAGCCCUGUGCAGUCAGAAGGGAAGCUGGUUGUCUGUCCUAUACCCAUACAGACCAUGCACGCCUCUUUCCUGGAGCUGAAGCAGGAACUUAGGGGAGACAUUGGGUCUCUUAAUGGCCGCAUGGCGGUGGUGGAGGCACAGCUGGCCGAGAUGCUUCAACUGCUAAAAUCGAAAAAGACCUCUAGUUCGAGAAAGGCCUCUCGCUCAUCCAGUUUCUUUGAGAUGUCACGACCGGCAUCCCCCGAUUCCGAUAAGGACGACAGCUUCUCACAAUCUUGACACUGCAUGUUUUAGCAGGCUAUGCAAUAUUACCCCCAACAGUACAAUUUUUUUUUGUUGUAGCCCCGGACAAGCACACCUGAUUCAACUUGUUAAUUAUCAAGCCCUCAAUGAGUUGAAUCAGGUGAGUUUGUCCGGUGCUACACCAAAAAUGUGUGCUGUUGGCGGUACUCAAACUGGAGUUGUGAAACAUUGGUCUAUGGGACAUGAAGUGAAUACAUCCUAGAGUUCAUCCAGGAGCUGGCUGAGGUGUCGCAAAAAUCUGAGAGGUUUUGUGAAGACUUGGGCAAUAAGAUGUUCCCAAAUUAGUUCAGAUGAGUAAUAAGGGAUUAUUUGACCCUUUUAUUAUUAUUAUUAUUAGAUAUAGGGGUAAUCUGGAUAAAAAGAUGCACAUCUGGAUAAUCUCUGCACCUUGAGGCACAUACUGUGUGAUAUUCCAUGGAUCUACUUUUGUGGGGGUUCAAACUGUAAACAGCAUAAAUAAUAAUUUAUUUAAUUUAUUUAUUAAUUUAUUUCUUUUCAAUUGGACUCGUUUUAGUUUUAACUUGGUCACACAUUUGUCAUGGUAAAACUAAACCCUUAAGGAGGUUUUCAUCAAAUCUGUGCACUCAAUUGAAAUUAGCAAUAAUAUUUUAUUGCAUUUAUAUAGUUUUUCACCAGGUCUCUAAGCACUUCAUUUGCAGGGGGUGAUGUGGUCAUGAUAACAUGAACACUGUGGAGCAACAGCGAAGAUGCACAUAUCUAAAAUGGCAUUGUCCAUGAAUGGAUUUGCUUUCGUUAUAGUUUGUCAAUGCAUUACUGGGAUAAAGUACAAUCUUGUAAAUAAUGAUAGAUUGUUAUGUUGGAUAUCCAUCACUGCCCAAUGGCAGCAGGUACAUGUACAGUACAUGAGCACAGUUGCACAAUAUGAAAGUGUACCAUGUGUGGUAUAAUUUCAGUGGGAAAGCUGGAUAUUUAGAAUUUUUGUGUGUGUUAAAUGUCCUCGCAUGAUAACAUGUUUGGUCAUUAUAAUACGGUAUGUUGCAAAAUUUAAGUUACACCAAAAAUACAUGUUUGAGCCAUUUCUAAAAUAGCUGUUUUCACCCCAUCCAACCGUUAUGUUAUUUGGUUUUGUCCAGUCAACCAAACAAAUGUUGCUAUGCUAGCUCAAAGCACGCAUUGGGAACAACUGUAAACCUGUUUAGUAAUGCAAAUUUAUAGAAAAAUACCUUGAAAGCAGUGUGGCUUGUUAUUUACGCCAUUGCUCUCUCUUUGUAUUAAAAUGAGGGGAAAAUCAUGAUUGUGAACUUUCAAUGUAUGGUGGAAACCAUGGCACCUUUUCAACCAACGUCCAUCCUGAAUUGUCAUGGGAAGAAGUCAAUCUCGACUAUGAAACCUUUGUGCAUUUCUGGUCAUCACUGUUGAUAUAAUAUGCAAAGUGUUGACAUUUAUAUUGUGUCUCUAGCAUUUGUGUUGCAAUGUUGAAGGACUAAAAUGAGAUACUUGCACAGACAGGUCCAGAGUUAUUGGUACCCUUGAUAAAUAUGAGGAAAAAUAAAUAAUGCAUACUGAGAUAUAUUGUAUGCCAAACAAAAUUUGGGAAAAUGAUAUAUGUUAUACUAAUACAAUUGCUCAGAGAAAGAGAUUUUGUUUGACAAGUAAUAAUUGUUUUCUCUAAAAAAAGAUAGGGGUCAAAAUUAUUGGCACCCCUGUUUUUAAUACUCUGGCACCCUCCCCUUUGUGAGGAUAAUGGCACGGAGCCUUUUCUGAAUUUUUUUAUGAGAUUGGAGAACACAUUGGGAGGGAUCGUAGACCAUUCCUCCAUACGGAAUCUUUCCAGAUCCUUGAUAUCCUUUGUCUGCGCUUAUGGACUGCCGGCUUCAAUUCAAACUACAGGUUUUUAUUGGGGUUCAAGUCCAUAGACAGAUGGCCAUUGCAAAAUAUUGAUUUUGUGGUCACUUAACCAUUUCCUGUGUGUAUUUUGAUAUGCGCUUGGGGUUGUUGUCUUGCUGGAAGAGCAACUUGCGGCCAAGUUUCAUCCUCUUGGCAACCAGGUUUUUGGGAUAAAAUACCCUAGUACUUGGUAAAGUUCAUGAUGCCGUUGACAUUAACAGGGGCCCCAGGACCAGUGGAAGUAAAAUAGCUCAAUAACAUCAAAAGAUCCACCACCAUAAAGUAGGUAUGAGGUUAUUUUCUGCAUAUGCUUUCUUCUUUUGAUGCCAAACCCACCACACUCAUGUGCAUGGCCAAAGAGCUCUACUUAUGUCAUCUGACCAUGUUCAGGUUCCAAUCCAAGUGCCAAUGCAAACUCCCAAGCGGUUCCCUUCUGGGUUGCUCUCAAUUAUGUUUUUCUGGCAACCCUUCCAAAAAGCCUAUUGGCAUGGUGUCUAAUUAUAGAUAUAAAGUCUUACUUGGUGACCCGAAGGUGUUCUGUAAUUCUCCAAAUGUGGCUCUUAGAUGUUUCUUUACAUCCCAAACCAUCUUCCUUACUGUGUGGGGGACAAGAUACACAUACGUCCAAUAUCAGGCAGGUUUACCACUGUUCCAGAAGUUUUAAACCUCCUAAUUGUUGGCAUAAUAGUGGUAAAUGGGAAUUUUUUUGUACCCGUUGCCUGAUUUAUGAAGGUCCACAACCAUCUCUUUUCAUUGUGAGUUCUUCGCCUUUCCCCAUGGUGAUGGAUGAUACAUUUACAUGUGUGUUACCUCAUUUCUUUACCCCAGUAAAACAGGGAGCCAUGGAAGACCACAAUGCAGUUAUUUAAGGUGAGAUUCAUUUUAAAAAGUAGAAUGUUAAUGCAGAUUGUUUUCAUAAGAAUCUUUAGGGGUGCCAUUAAACAUUUUGAGAUAUAUUUUUUUCUCUGGGCAAUUGUAUUAGUAUAAAAUAAUGUAAACAUUUGAGCAUACAAUAUAGCUCAGGAUUUGUUCGGAAAGUAUUCAGACCCUUU